AUGGUGGGUUUAGUUCAACCCUUAACUUUAGUAUCGAGGGGUAGUCCUGCAACCAUUCAAAUAUCUGACUUCACAGCCAAUGGUGGUGCAUUGCAAUUUACGAUUCCAUCUGCUGUCGGUGUAAGAGGUACCAUUCAGUUGGAACCGAGUGGAGUCCAAGCCGAUUGGAAUCCAUUGCCUGUUGUCAGCUCUGUCAGUACCGCUCCGAUCUCUGGUGGUACAAUCACAGUGAGUGGUAGCUAUCUAUCGUCUGGCAAUGAAGCAGAUGCAAACAAAUCGACAAUAACAUUCCCACAUGGCAAAGUAAUCCAAGAGUACCAGAGUUCAUCGCUUUCAAAGGUUGCCUAUUUCACACUGACACCGAGUGUUGCCAUUCUUUACUCUGGUGUUAAUAUCCCACUUACUCUGACUGUAAGAGGAUUGAAUCAGACCGUUUUGUUCUCCUUUGAUAAACCAAACAUCACCGGUGAAUCAUAUAUUAACACUGGAAUAGUAUUGAACGGUGUUAACUUUGGUACCAAUGCUUCAUUAGUUCAAUUGUAUACAGACCAGACAAAAAUAACCAUUUCUAGUAUAACCAACACUGCCAUUACAAUUCUCUACAGUGAUAAUCCAAUUCUUUCUUCAUCUGGAACUCGUUAUCUUAAUUUAACAGUAAAUGGAAAUGUUAUCGAUAAAAUCUAUACUUUAACAAUACAAAUACAAGUUCUAGGAUAUUAUCAAAUUCAUGAUAAAGGAUACCUUUUAACCAAUGUUCCCUUGACAAAAGCUGGAAAAGUAUUGAUUCAAAGCGAGGAAAGUGAUUUCAAUCCAUAUACCUCUCCAUCAGAACAGGGUGUAUCCUUCUCGUUACCAUGGGAUGCUACUAUCGGUAAUACCACUAUGACAUUAAACAUUGGUGCUGGUGCAACUAUUAUUCAGAACAUUACCAAUAAUAAAAAAUUAACUAUAUUUAUAUCUUCUAAACAAAUAUUACGAAAAUUAUAG